CUCAUAUCAUCUAUUACAAAAUGUCUGGUCGUGGAAAGGGUGGUAAGGUCAAGGGAAAGUCAAAAACCCGUUCUAAUAGAGCAGGUCUGCAGUUCCCUGUGGGAAGGAUCCAUCGUCUCCUUCGCAAGGGAAAUUAUGCCGAGCGAGUCGGUGCUGGUGCUCCAGUGUACCUUGCAGCAGUAAUGGAAUACUUGGCUGCUGAAGUUCUCGAGUUGGCUGGAAAUGCCGCUCGUGAUAAUAAGAAAACCAGGAUUAUUCCUCGUCAUCUUCAACUUGCUAUUCGUAAUGACGAAGAGUUGAACAAACUCCUAUCUGGAGUCACCAUUGCUCAGGGUGGAGUUUUGCCCAAUAUUCAGGCUGUUCUCCUCCCUAAGAAGACUGAGAAAAAAGCUUAAAGAAUUUAAACGUUUAAA